ACCGCGGCCAUAUUCACUUAGCUUCACACAUUUCCCCCCCGUUAACAUUUCAUCUAUAUAAAUAGCACUAUAUAGUUUGCAUUACAGCUCAUCUUCGGUUCGGGUUAAUAAUGGAGGAAACAUCGGAAACACCGGAAACACAAGUAUCUGUGCCGGAGGUGACAAACGAGAGGCCGAAAAGGAAAGCGAGCUGUAAGAGAAAAUCGAGUUUCGCCGCGCCGGAUUCUUCACCCCCAGGAAGCAGCAGCAGCAACAACAACAGCCGACGGCCUUCAUUGAGAAGAGGAAGUUCUUUUGUCUUUCCCACCCCCGGCCCUCAGUGGGACUUCACUUUGAAACGGAAACGCAGGGAUAAAGAGGAAGAUGCAGUCAGUCUAUGCAGCUUUGAUUUUAAGGAACCCAGUACUAAGCGCGUACGGCCUCUGGGCCGAGUCACCUCGCUGGCGAACCUCAUCUCUCCCGCGAAGAAUGGGGCCGUCCGGCGCUUCGGUCAGACUCUGCAGGCUUCACUGCGGGGCGACGGGCGCUCUCCGGGCGUGCCCCAGCACAAGGCAGGCAGCAAGGCGGCGGCACCCACACCCCCCAAACGGCGUAACAGCACCCUUUGGUCUGAAACUCUGGACGUGCACCAAAAAGGCGCUUUCUCCAUGAAGGAGAUAAAAAGACAAGAGGCUAUAUUUGAGCUGUCUCGAGGAGAGCAGGACCUGAUUGAGGACCUUCAGCUUGCCCGCAAGGCAUACCAUGACCCAAUGUUAAAACUAUCAAUCAUGUCUGAAGAGGAGUUGACUGCCAUCUUCGGAGAUCUGGAUGCUUACAUCCCACUUCAUGAAGAUCUGUUGGCACAGCUGGCCAGAGCGACCGGCCCUGACGGGACAGUCCGAGAGAUCGGCCAGAUUGUAGUCAACUGGCUGCCCAGACUCAAUGCAUACCGAGCAUACUGCAGCAACCAGCUGGCAGCAAAAGCCCUGCUGGACCAGAAAAAGCAGGACCCAAAAGUUCAGGACUUCCUGCAGCGCUGUCUUGAGUCACCCUUCAGCAGGAAGCUCGAUCUCUGGAGCUUUCUCGACAUCCCCCGUUCACGGCUGGUCAAAUACCCGCUCCUGUUGAGAGAGAUCCUCCGACACACCCCACCUGAACACCCAGACACUGGCAGCCUGGAAGAAGCUGUCAGAAUUAUUCAGGGUGUGCUGACCGACAUUAACAUGAAGAAAGGCGAGUCCGAGUGCCAGUACUACAUCGAUAAACUGGAGUACUUAGACGACAGGCAGAAAGAUCCACGCUUAGAGCAGUGCAAGAGCCUGCUGUGCCAUGGCGAGCUACGUCACAAGAGCGGCACGAAACUGCACGUGUUCCUGUUCACUGAAGUUCUGGUCCUCACGCGACCCGUGAUGCGGAACGAACGCCAGUGUUUCCAGGUGUACCGGCAGCCCAUUCCUGUGCAAGACCUCGUCCUGGAGGACCUGCAGGACGGAGACGUGCGCAUGGGCGGCUCAUUCAGGGGGGCUUUCAGCAACUCGGAUAAAGCCAAGAACAUCUUCCGUGUGCGUUUCCAGGACGCCACUCAGGGUCAGUCACACACGCUUCAAGUCAACGACAUCUUCCACAAGCAGCAGUGGCUCAAUUGCCUGCGUAGUGCCAUGUCCGUUAUCCAGACCGACGCUUCCAGCGACACUUGCUGUGAUCGCCGUUCCUCCACGGCCUCCGCAAUCGUCCACAUGGAGGAGACGGACGAGAAUCAGCCUCAAAGCCAGGAGCCUCCCAGCCCCACACCUUCCACCAUCUCGACAUCGUCCUCGUCCUCAUCCUCAUCGUCGACAUCAUCUGGAUCGCCAAGAAAAUCUAAAAAGGACAAGCGUAUACUCUGCUCUUUGGGCAAGAGGAAGGAAACCAUGGUGUAGAGUGCGCUCUACAUGGACUAUAAGCUUGUCCCGAGCAAACUUUGUAUUUAUGUGUGUGUGUUGGAACCCUGAGGUUCUACGGCAGUGUUUUUUUUUUUUUUUUUUUUUUUACUGUCCUCAAUGGCAGCUAUAUCCCCUUCAAUUUCCCCCUACACACUCCGAAACCGAACCACAGGGCGCAAAUCCAGACCAGGGGAAAGGUUAUGUUGAGAAGUGUUUUACACACAUGCACACGCUUUCACUCAGUGACCAGUAUGAGACGGAACAUGACCACACAAGCCCUGUUUACUCUUAGUAUAAUAUUACUAUUAUUAUUACUUGGUUUGUAAUUAAAUGUUAUAUAUGUAUAUAUAUAUAUAUAUAUGUAUGUGUAUAUAUGUAUAUGUAUGUGUGUGUGUAUGUGUGUGUAUAUAUAUAUAUAUAUAUAUAUAUAUAUAUAUAUAUAUAUAUAUAUAUAUAUAUAUAUAUAUAUAUAUAUAUAUUCCCAGAAAUCAGAAAAUUACUGUAGCUCUUUUUUAUUAUUAUUUGUAUUUUUAUUUUUUUAUAGAAACAGCACUGUAGCUUUUAGCUGAAAAAAACUGUGUAUGCAAAAAUACAAUAAGGGGGAAAAAAACAGCUGUAAGAAAAGAAAUGAUCAGAAUAUAAGUCUACUGAGGGGGUUGAAUUUCAGCAUAAUCCUUUUAAAUCAGUAUGAUGUUUUAUCAGCUUGACACUUUGCUGUAUGGAUUGUACACAAAACAGAAUUCAUUGAAAUCCAUUUGUUCUUGAAAACCAAAAGAAAUCAGUCAAAUUGUGAUUUGAGACACUAAGAUCUACUAAUCACAAAGAUCAGGAUAUGUGGUAUUAUUUUACUCAUGUAAAAUUGAAACUGAGCCAUGUUGGCUUUUUUUUCUUUUCUUUUCUUUUUUUUUUUUUUUUUUUUUUUUUUUAAGAAAGCUAACUUCCAGAUACAUUUUCAAUGUAGCAUCUUGCAUGGAGCAUUACUUGUACAAUGGCGUGUAAAUGCUUGUAUAAAUAGAAGAGUUUGUGGAAAUCUCAGGCAAGGAACUUGCAUGUUGUAAGAGGGCUUUAGAUAUGUUGUUUAUAAGAGCGUUUGUUUGAAAUGCAGUGAGAGAAUAUUGUGUCUUUGAUUCUUGAUACUGAGCUUCAUCACAGCUUUUGGUUGUGUUCCAUCUUAGUGUCCUGAACGAAGCACAAAUGUCUGAUGGAUUGGUGAAAAGCCAAUGAACGUAGUUUACUAGGAACGAUAAAAAGCAUGUAGAAAGAAAGGUAAAAGUGAAUGUUAGGUAGAAAAAAAGGCAUCAAAAGUUGUUUGUAUAAAAGACAAAAAUGUGUUGAUGUUUGAUGAGAGCUUGUAAAUUUGUUCACUGUAUAAAGAGAACAUAGUUAAAGGGACAAUAAAGAUCUGUGUAAGAUAUGCAUCUGAAAA